AUGGCUUUGGAUUUGCUCGGUCGUCAAAAAAUGCCCCUAGAUGCAUCCUCGUCGAAGCAACCCACGGUCGCAUCGUCGGCUGUCACUGGCGGUCCGGCCGGAAUCACAGGAUCCGGCGCCAGCGUUUCUAGUGGAGGCGUUGGUGUCGGUGUGGCAGGAGUUAGUGCUGGUACAGGCGUUACCAGCACGGUCGGAGCAGGUGUCAGCAGCACAUCCGUCAUGGGAAAACAGCUUACAGCAAAGCGUUCGCUAAAGCUUGGCAGCCUGGCCGAAGACGUUAUGCCCAUGUCGCUCGGUUCCGGAGAGGAACCAUUCCGAGCACGGCUGCACCAUUUGUUUUCGCAAAUUGAAAAAGAAUUCGAACAACUGCAUGCGGAAAACAUGAGCCUGCGAGAGAAAUUGGAAGCCGUCGCCGGUACUCCGCGCGAUUCGACCGUUGGCGAAAGGCUCCCCAUGCAGGACGCAUUCGAGGUGGAUGGAUCGGUGAACAAAAGCUUCAAGUCGAAGCUAGGCAGCGCGGGUAGCAAGGUAAAGGCCGGCCACAAACUUCGCGCACAAACGAGCCGGAUCGUAUCCAGCUUCAAGGCGCAGUCCGUAGUCAGCUCGCUGGUACGUGAAUUCUGCGGGCACAAGGACGGUGUGUGGCAGGUCAGCACAAAGGCAGGCCAGCCAAUAAUCGGUACUGCUUCCGCGGACCACAGUGCAUGCAUCUGGGGCAUUGAUACCGGUCGCUGUCUGCUGCAGUACCAGGGCCACAGUGGCUCGGUAAACUCGAUCAAAUUCCAUCCAACGCGCGACAUCGUAUUAACGGGCAGCGGUGACGCCACCGCACAAAUAUGGCAAGCCGCCGUCAACUGGGAAGUUCCGGCCAGGAAGGGUCACUCUUCGGAGGAAGAGCUCGACGAUGAGGAAGAAGGACCGUACGAGGAGAAGGAACGCAUCGAUGUGCUGCGGACGCCAUUGUGCGAGUUUUCAGGCCCGGGAGGACACAACUCAGUUGUGGUGGCUGCAGACUGGCUACCUGGUGGAGAUCAGGUUAUAACGGCCAGCUGGGAUCGUUCGGCCAUCCUGUGGGACGUUGAAACGCGAGAGCCACUACAUCCGCUGUAUGGGCACGAUCACGAGCUGACACAUGCUUCGGCGCAUCCGAGCCAGCGGCUAGUGGUGACUGCUUCACGCGAUUCCACCUUCCGGCUGUGGGAUUUCCGCGAUCCUAUUCCUGCGGUUUCAGUUUUCCAGGGACAUACGGAAAACGUAACAUCAACAGUAUUCACCCGGGACGAUAAAGUCGUGUCCGGAUCGGAUGACCGAUCAGUAAAGGUAUGGGAACUGCGGAACAUGCGCUCGGCUCUUACCACCAUACGUACGGACUCGGCCGUAAACCGGCUAGCUGUGUCGGCUAGUGGCGUGAUCGCCAUACCACACGAUAACCGCCACAUCCGGCUGUUCGAUCUGAACGGGCAACGAAUCGCCCGAUUACCACGCACCAGCCGCCAAGGCCACAGACGCAUGGUAUCGGCCAUGGCUUGGACCGAGGACAUCAACUCCAACUGCAACCUCUUCUCGAGCGGUUUCGAUCGAAGGGUGCUGGGAUGGGGCGUAUGUUUGCCACCGAAGGACAACUAA